UUUAAAUCUUGCAUCUGAAUUUUAUUGGACUCGAAUUGGGGUUAUGAUACAUAAUUCUUAUAUCACUCAAUACCACUUUGUUUUGAUGUUAAUAUUUAAGAAACAACAUCGGUAGUUUGUUUUUCUAUAGUGAUUAGUGAAAAUGUUUCGCUACUAUUGCACUGUAACUCGAUAUGCAUUUAUUCAGAUGACAAAACCAAGCCUAUCGAGAACCCUAGUCCCUUUAACAUGCCAGUUAGUACCAGCAAAUCGACAGUUCCAAAUUCGUAACUAUGCUAAAGGCAAAGACAAAAAGAAAGAAAAGAAGGGAUCCUCCGGUAAGGUUCAUAUAAACGAACACCAGCUAGCUGAAGUUAUCAAUCUUGAAAGCCUACGGACUCAAAUGGAGAAGAGCAUCAAUAAUUUGAAAGACGAUUACAUUAAAAAUCUUUCAAUUCGAUCAACCACUGGUUCUAUAGAGACACUAAUAGUGUCUUUCGAAGGCAAAGAUUAUCAAUUACAGGAGCUGGCUCAGGUGGUCCGAAAGAAUCCCAAAACCGUUGUGGUCAACUUGGUUUCGUUCCCGCAGACCAUUCCUUCAGUGUUGCAGGCCAUCCAGAAGAGCGGUAUGAACUUAAAUCCCCAGCAGGAUGGAACAACCUUAUUUAUUCCGGUGCCCAAAGUGACCCGCGAACAUCGGGAAGGACUUGCCAAGAAUGCUAAAGUUUUGUACAUCAAGUGUCGGGAUACUAUCAAGGAAAGCCAAAAUCAGAUUAUCAAGAAAAUCAAAAAGCAACCUGACAUAUCGGAGGAUCUUAACUUUCAAGUGCAGUCUCAAGUAACGGCCAUUGCAAACGAAUACAUUAAGGAAGCUGAGAAGAUUAUGGAAAUCAAGCAGGCAGAAUUGAUGGGAGAAAAAUCUUAGAAUUAUAAGUUACUGUCGAAUAAAUGA